AUGAAGGUGAAAUUAGUAGUUAACACUAAAUCAUAUGGAGAAAUAACAUUAAAUAGUCUAAUUCUUUCUGAAGCUUAUGAUCAAAUCAUAAAACUAGACUCUAAUGAUCCUAGAUAUUGGUUUUUCUUUAUUUUUAAUGAUGAAGAAGUUGGACAGAUAAAGCUUGGUCCGAGAGACAAAUUAAUUAAUUCCGAUAAAAAGAUAACUGAUAUCAUCAGCAAAGAGAACGAACUGUUUGUGAAACGUGAAUUAUCAAUUACUGUAUAUGAUGGAAAGAUGGUUAAAUAUUUUUCUUCUAUUAAAGAACUUAAUAGUAAUCUGUCUGAAAUCCGGGAUGAAUUGAUUGAAAAAAAAAUUCUAUCUCCAAAUUUUAUUUUUUUAAAGAAGGAUUCGGAAAAAGAGAAUCUUGAAGAAGUUCAAUCAAAAUCUGAAAUGUAUACAGAAUUAAAGGAAAUUCUUAACAAUGACGUGAUACGUGUUUUACCGGAUAAAUUAU